GAUUCGAGGAUUUGUUUUGUCCCAAGCGGCUCCUCCGGAGAGCUGUAGGCCGGCGGGUCAUGCCGUCCGAGGGUCGCUGCUGGGAGACGUUGCAGGCGCUGCGCAGCUCCGACAAAGGUCGCCUCUGCUACCACCGCGAUUGGCUGCUGCGGGGCGAGGCUGUUUUAGAAGAAUGUAUGUCCCUUCCCAAGCUGUCUUCUUACUCUGGAUGGGUAGUAGAUCAUGUCCUACCUCAUACGCAAGAGAACCCACCUCCCUCUGAGACUUCAACAUCCCCUCGAUCUACUUCAGCCCUCGACCAACCUUCAUUUGUUCCCAAAUCUCCUGUCAGAAACCCUGCCUUCUCACCAGCCUUCUCAGCAACACCAAAUGGAACCAAGGACAAGCAUGAGUCUCAGCAUACAGAACCUAUGGUACUUCAGUCCUCCCGGGGGAACAAAGUGGAAGGCUGCAUCCGAAUGUAUGAGCUGGUGCACAGAAUGAAAGGAGCAGAGGGCUUGAGGCAAUGGCAGGAGGAGCAGGAGAGGAAGGUGCGAGCCCUCUCUGAGAUGGCAUCUGAACAGCUGAAGCGGUUUGAUGAACGGAAGGAACUGAAGCAUCAUAAAGAAUUCCAGGACUUACGCGAAGUGAUGGAGAAGAGCUCCAGAGAAGCCCUGGGGCAGCAAGAGAAGCUGAAAGCUGAGCAUCGUCACAGAGCGAAGAUUCUCAACCUGAAGCUGCGGGAGGCAGAGCAGCAGCGCCUGAAGCAAGUGGAGCAGGAGCGGCUCCGGAAGGAAGAAGGCCAGGUCCGCCUGCGGAACCUCUAUGCCCUGCAGGAGGAGGUGCUGCACCUGAGCCAGCAGCUGGACUCCUCCGACCAGCAGAGAGACCUGCUGAAGGUCGACCUGUCUGCCUUCCGGACCCGAGGCAACCAGCUGUGUGGUCUCAUCUCAGGGAUCAUCCGGGCCACUUCUGAGAACGGCUUUCCCACAGCAGAGGACCAGGCUGUGGCUGAGAGAGCACUGCAGGAAAUGCGGGACCUCCUUGCGAACCUGCAGCAGGAGAUCGCCAGGGCCUGUGAGGACAAGAGGAGGCAGGAUGAAGAGAAGGCCCAGAUAAAGCGGCAAGAGUCACAGAUGCAGCAGGGGCCAGAGGUCCACAAAGAGUCCCCAGCUUCCAGCCAGGGCCCAGGAGGGAAACCGAAUGAAGACCUCCAGGUGAAGGUGCAAGACAGUACAAUGCAGUGGUACCAGCAGCUGCAGGAGGCCUCCAGUCAGUGUGUGUUGGCCUUUGAGGGACUGAGCAACAGCAAAGACAGUCAGGCCAAAAAGAUCAAGAUGGACCUCCAGAAGGCUGCCACCAUCCCAGUGAGCCAGAUCUCCACCAUUGCAGGCUCAAAGCUGAAGGAGAUCUUUGACAAGAUCCACAGCUUACUCUCUGGAAAACCCGUUCAGUCCGGCGGGCGCUCUGUGUCCAUCACACUUAACCCACAGGGCCUGGACUUUGUCCAGUACAAACUGGCAGAGAAAUUUGUGAAACAAGGGGAGGAGGAAGUGGCCUCCCAUCAUGAAGCAGCGUUCCCCAUCGCAGUCGUGGCAUCCGGGAUCUGGGCACUCCACCCCAGAGUGGGGGACCUCAUCCUUGCUCAUCUGCACAAGAAGUGUCCUUACUCUGUUCCCUUCUAUCCAGCUUUCAAAGAGGGAAUGGCUUUGGAAGAUUAUCAGAGGAUGCUUGGCUACCAAGUGAAGGAUUCCAAAGUAGAACAGCAGGACAACUUUCUCAAACGCAUGUCUGGGAUGAUCCGUCUCUACGCCGCCAUCAUCCAGCUCCGGUGGCCGUAUGGAAACCGACAAGAGACUCACCCUCAUGGCUUAAAUCAUGGCUGGCGCUGGUUGGCACAGAUCUUAAACAUGGAGCCCCUGUCAGAUGUGACGGCCACCCUCCUCUUUGACUUCUUGGAGGUGUGUGGGAAUGCCCUCAUGAAGCAGUACCAGGUCCAGUUCUGGAAGAUGAUACUUCUCAUCAAAGAGGACUACUUCCCCAGGAUUGAAGCCAUCACCAGCUCAGGACAGAUGGGUUCCUUUAUACGCCUCAAGCAGUUCUUGGAGAAAUGUUUGCAGCGCAAGGAGAUUCCUGUCCCCAAGGGCUUUCUGACUUCCUCUUUCUGGCGUUCCUGAUGUCACUCCAUCGCCCACCGUCACCAUUUUGUUGCAAAGGGGCCAUAAUAAAGCAACUGAAGACAGCGAUAUUUGGGAGAAGUCAUGUCACUGUGUGUUUCGUGUAUUUGUGCCUUGUGACUCGGAGAGGAGAUUUUCACAGGUCACAAAUCUAAGAGGUCCUUUAGUAGAUCUGAUAACUCCUUAAAGGAGUCCGCAUGACAGUAAACAGAAUUGGCCUUUCUCAUUUCUGCAAAAAAAUUGAAAAAAAAAUUAUGAGAAGAGUCUAGCACUUGA